AUGGGUGCUUGUUGUACGUGUCAAAGGGUUCAGAGGUUUGAUGGAUUCUUUAUUGAGGAUGAGGAGGGUAAAGAGGCUGAAGAAGGGGACUUUGUAGGAAAUGGAGAUUUUGGGGCACGUGUGAGGUUGCAAGGAUCAUCUAGGUUUGCAUCAAUGUUCACCCAACAAGGGAAAAAAGGGACUAAUCAAGAUGCCAUGACAGUUUGGCAGAACUUUGCAGGGGAGAAAGAUAUGGUUUUCUGUGGUGUGUUCGACGGACAUGGUCCAUCAGGUCACAAGGUGGCACGUUACGUGCGUGAUCUAUUACCAUCAAAACUUUCUUCAUUAUUGAAACACACACAAAUAGGUGGGAGCAAUGGCAGUACUGAUGUUGAUGACAAAAACAAAGAAAACACUGAUAGCAAAGAUGGUGACAACGAUGACAAUGAUUGUCAGAAUCCAUUCUUCUCUUCAUGGAAAGACACUGUUAUCAAGUCCUUCAAAGAGACGGACGAAGAACUUGAAGGCAAUACCACAGUUGAGAGCUACUGCAGCGGCACAACAGCAGUUACUAUACUGAAAAAGGGUCACCAUUUGAUAAUUGCAAAUUUGGGGGACUCUCGUGCUGUUCUGUGCACUAGAGGCAACCAAGAUCAACUAGUUUCAAUCCAGCUUACUGUUGACUUAAAACCGAAUCUUACAAAUGAAGCAGAAAGAAUUAAAAAAUGCGGAGGCAGAGUUUUAGCAUUGGAACAAGAACCGAAUGUGUUUAGAAUCUGGAUGCCAGAUGAAGAUUGUCCAGGUCUUGCCAUGGCAAGGGCUUUUGGAGACUUUUGUUUAAAGGAUUUCGGCCUCGUUUCAAUCCCAGAAGUAUCUUAUAGAAAGCUUACAGACAGAGAUGAGUUUGUGGUCUUAGCAACUGACGGGGUAUGGGAUGUGUUGACAAAUGAUGAGGUGAUUAGAAUAGUUGCUUCAGCAAGGAAGCGAUCCAUGGCGGCUAGACUGUUGGUAGAUUAUGCUGUUCAAGCCUGGAGAUAUAAAUAUCCAGGUGCCAGGGUCGACGAUUGUGCAGCCAUAUGCUUGUUCCUAAAGCGCCCGCGGCCAUCGUUAACUAAAUCCAUGUCAGAAACUACUCAUCUCAGUUUGGACUACUCAGUUGGAGCUCGUCAUCAAAACACUACAACUGAUGAUGGCCUUGAUACUGUAUUAAAUUGUGAUGUUAAAGCUGAUACAAAGAAUGGGGACGAUGCUCCUGAUGAAGGAGUAGAAGAUCAGGAGGAUUCUUCUGUGUAUAUUCCGCCACGCAGCCGAACUCAGAUUCGGCUGCGGCCAGCAAAAGGGCUCUGA